AUGCGAAAGAACGAUGAUCAGCUUCCAUUAGUCCCACCCACUUCGCCGAGCAAGCGUAAUGCAAAAGCUGCAGGACCGCAGGCGAAGAGACGCGUGCCACAUGGCCGUGUUGCCGCAUUAGGUAACAGCAGCAGCAACAGUAAUAGCGGCGACCGUAAGGAUACACCAGCACCACCUUCCACCACACGCGUAAACCCUCCUUCUGUCGUCGAAGUACCCUUCCCCACCAAUAGCGGAGAGCACGCACGUGUGGCAGCCACCGACAGUCGGUCAAUGACAACGCAAUUGCCAAUCGGUGGUGAGAGUGCGCGUGCGGCAGCUGCAGCAUACAGGCAGCAGCCGCAGGCGCACGUGGAAGCCGAGGAGGAGGAAGCCAUGAUUACUUCCGAGGAAGAGGAGCAAGACGAAGCACAGGAACUCGCCCAAGAGCAGGCUCUCGAGGCGCGUCGUGAGCAAGUCGGUUCGUUAAGCAGUGCAGCAGAUAGCGGAGCAGAUUUAUCAAGGCCAGAGGAUCAAUCGUGUAAAUAUUUAGCGGGCGAGAGGGGUGACGUGGAGAUGGCUGAUGUUGAUGGGAAAGACAACGAGGAGGAUGAGGAGAAAGAGCCUGAGCCCGUGCGUGUAGACUUCGUUCGAAAUGCUCUCCCGGCUGAGCUAUGCAUUGAAAUCUUCGAGUACCUGGAUGCUCAGGACCUCUAUUCUGCUGAGCAGGUGAAUCCAGCCUGGGAAGAGUACUGCAGCGGAAUGUCAGUCUGGAGACACGCGUACAUGCGCGACUUCGAAAGGAAGAUCUACACCAACCCUGCACCUAUCCUGGUGGGCGGAGCAGGUGUCGGGAGGCCCAACGAGACAAACCAAGAAUGGAGGAACAUGUACAACGCCCGUACCGAGCUGGACAAGAACUGGCGGCGUGGUGCUGAGAAAGCAGGCAAAGCCGUCUAUCUUUCCGGCCACACAGACAGCGUCUACUGCCUCCAAUUCGACGAAGACAAGAUUAUCACCGGCUCUCGUGAUCGCACCAUUCGUGUCUGGGACAUUGACACAUACCAAUGCAUCCGCGUGAUAGGUGGUCCGAAUUCUCGUCCGCAGCCUGGGCCUAAGGUGCUCCGUACUGUGGACUACCCUCACUUCCACCUCGCAACCGCCAGUGUCAAUUCCACCGCCUAUGGCAACAACAUCUACCACACUCCCAGCGAAUGGCACGACGCCAGUAUUCUUUGCCUGCAGUAUGAUGAUGAGAUCCUGGUCACUGGUUCAUCGGACUCUGAUCUCCUCGUCUGGGACAUCCAUACUUUUGAGCCGAUCAAGCGUCUGAAGAGACACACUGGUGGCGUCUUGGAUGUUGCGCUUGACGCUAAGCAUAUAGUUUCUUGCUCGAAGGACUCACGUAUCAUAAUAUGGAACCGUCAAACACUGGAGUAUAUCGGUGAGCUCAGCGGCCACCGAGGACCCGUCAAUGCCGUGCAACUUCGUGGCAACCUUCUAGUCAGUGCAAGUGGAGACGGUAUCGCUCGUAUGUGGGAUAUUGAACAGAUGAAGUUCGUCGGGCAGUUCGAAGCCAAAGAGCGCGGCUUGGCUGCUGUCGAGUUCUCGGAGGAUAUGAAGCAUGUGCUCGCCGGCGGCAACGACCACAUCACGUACAAGUUCGAUGUCGAGACGAAGAUGGAGACGCAGCGUUUCGCCGGUCACACCCAGCUGGUCCGAUCGUUAUGGCUGGACAGCGCGAACAAUCGUGUAGUAUCUGGAUCGUACGACCUCGAUCUUCGUGUCUACGACUUUGUGGAUGGCACGGAGAUCUGGCGUGCAGAGGAAUGGACGACUAGCUGGAUGCUGGCUGCUAAGUCUGACUACCGUCGCAUCGUGGCUACGAGUCAAGAUGGCCGUAUUCUGGUCGUUGACUUUGGUCUGCGGAAGGGUGGGUUUGAGGAUGGGCAGAAGAUCGAGCAUAUUGAUCUUCUGCGAAGCAAGCCGAGCAAGAACGAGAUCAUCUUUCGCAAGAUUAACUGCGUCAAGGCUGGCGAGACCACGAAAGCCGCUGCAUCAACACAGCCAGCCGAGAAGCAUGUACGACUAUCACUUGGAGGGCAAACACUCAACGGGACAGCACUGUUGGGCAAGUAA